AUCGUCAGCGGUCAGCCAUUGUCGUGAGAUGUGAAGAUUUUUUCGUGAUAGAUCAAGAUCAAAAACUAAUUAAUUAUUACAUAUCGAAAUUAACGUAUUAACACUGAAAUGCAUACAAUCCCAGAAUUAGGUACAAGCGUACCAGCGUUCCUUGCCAAGCUUUGGAAGUUGGUCGAAGAUCCUGAAACUGACGACCUUAUUUGUUGGUCACCUAAUGGACGGAGUUUUUUCAUUAGAAAUCAGGCACAAUUUGCUAGAGAAUUAUUACCACACUAUUAUAAACAUAAUAAUAUGGCCAGCUUUGUCAGACAAUUGAAUAUGUAUGGUUUUCAUAAAAAAGUUUCUGUCGAACUUGGUGGUUUAAAAUGUGAUAGAGAUGAAAUGGAAUUUGCACAUCAGUUUUUUUGUAAAGGACAUCCAUAUUUAGUAGAACAUAUUAAAAGAAAAAUUGCAUCCAGCAAAGGACAAGAUCCAACACUUACUCCUAUUAAACCAGAAUUAAUGAAUAAAAUGCUUACUGAAGUUAGAAGUAUGAGAGGUCGUCAAGAACAUUUAGAUUCACGACUUGGAGCUAUGAAAAGAGAAAAUGAAGCAUUAUGGAGAGAAUUAGCAAUGCUUAGACAAAAGCAUCUUAAACAACAACAAAUUGUCAAUAAACUUAUACAUUUUCUAGUUACUUUAGUACAACCUUCAAGAAAUGGUGGUCUUUCUGUUAAGAGAAGAUAUCCAUUAAUGAUUGAUGAUUCUAGCCGUCAACGUAACAAACAAGCAAAAUUAUCCAAGUCACAAGCAUCUCCCGCAGGACCUGUUAUUCAUGAGCUUGAUGCAUCAGAACCAGAUCUGGAUUCAGAAUAUAUUGUUGCAGAAAUGCUUGAAGGACAUCCAAAUCCAGCCAUUGAAAGUCCAGAGCAUAAUAAUACAUUAAUAAUGGAAGAUAAUAAUAUGGAAACAAUUCAUUUAGUUGAUGAUUCUGUUCAAUUACAAGAUGAUAUACAACUUAUUAAUGCACAAGAAAUUGAAGCAAAAAAGAAACGCGGAUGUAAGGGUAAAAAAAAGAGGAAAAACAAGGUGCCGGUCAAAAUUUUGAUCCCAUCAACGGAGAAUGGAGAGGAACCGAGAUUAUGGCACAGCAACGAUUUUAAAAGCUCAAGAACGAAGAUUGGCAACUGCUUAUCUCACUUUUCUAGGGAAGAAACACAUAUGCUUGAAAUGCCAUUAGAGGAUUCACCAGUGACGAUCGCUUUGUUGGAAAAUAAACCAGUCUCUAAACCAGUACCUAUGGCAACUGUACGUAGUUCAAAACUCGCAGCAAUGGCAGCUAAUAUGAGUAAAACCACUGAGACAGAGCACGAGCUCGAUAUAGAAACUCCAACAGAUUUGGAGGAAGAUAUUCAAGAGAAUGAUCCAACUUUAGUGAAACUUGAGGACAUUUUGAUAGUGCCAGAAAUCAUCAACGAAGAUAUUGAAAGUAAUGAAAAUGACUUUAGUGAAAAUAAUGGCAAUUCUGAAACUAGUGAAAAUGACACUACAUUUGAUCAACUAAACAAAGUAGAUGGUAACAAUGAACAGAAUAAUAGAAGAAAUUCCUAUACAAAUGGUGCUGAGAAAUGUUUGGAACAAGAAAAAGACAACUGCAAUGGAGCAAGCACAAGCAAUUCAAAAAAUUUAUCUCUAAGUUGUGUCAUUUCUUCUGGCAUGUGUGACGCUGCUUACAGGUUAGGUUCAAUGGAGGAAAUGGAUAAUCAUCUCGAAACAAUGCAAACGGAAUUGGACAAUCUCCGUGAAAUCUUACGUAGCGAGGGUUACAGUAUUGAUGCAAAUACACUUCUUGGUUUAUUUGGAGCGGAUGAUCCAAUGUCGUUCGGUAUGCCAGUUAAUCCAGAAUUAAAUCCACAUUCUGAGAAAGAGGAAGAUGAUCAUGCUAAUGUUGCAGAAAAUAUUAGUGGAACAAGUGGUGGUGAACUUAUGGCAUAUAAUCCUACUUCAAAUUUAUUAGAUUUCGACGAUGACAUUUUCUUGAAUGCCACAUCUCCUGUAACUAGCACGGCAGGUGAUACAGCUACGACCAGUCUUUAUACUUCGGAUCCUCUCGAUUUGGAGGAUAACAAAGUUUCACUCCUCAAUUCUUUAACAAAUGAUGUAAACACUUCAUCAUAAAGUCUUAUUCUUAUGCCUUGGAGGAAAGACUGCUGGAUUUUUAAUUACCUUAUUGGUAAUAUCUUCGUUUUAAUUAGCAUAUAUGAUGCUAAUUAAUCCUGUAACAAGUUUAAUAUAUGGAGGGGAUGAUAGAAACAAUUAAAGUGCAUAAAAUUCCUUGAAGAAGAAAGUAAACAAGAUAAAGAACCAAAUGAUACAAAUCUAGAGAUUGAAAGAAAUAAUUUACCUUCAUAUUAAUAAACUAUGCGGAUAAAAACAUAUUUCAUGAACUUAUUAAAAAAAAUAUGACAUACAAAAAAAAAAA